AUGGUUAUAACUACAAUUAGUAUGGAAAGUGAUGUACGACGUCAAUAUAAUAGACGAGUACUUUUUUGCAUUCGUGUAAGAGGAGCUGCAUUACUUAUUGGUGUAUGGGAUUUAUUCAUUCAUUCGGCAGUACUAUGUGCGUUGAUCUUGAUGUUUCGUCAAUCACCAAAAAUGAUGAACGAUGUGAUACAGACACAUGGUCAAUAUUCUAAUUCACAUGAAACACCAUUAGUGGAACCAUAUUUUAAAGAAUCAUCAAAUGUGUUGAUGCAUAAUAAAAAUUUUCUUUCAAGUAAUAUUCUAUUAAAUCGAAUUCUUGAAAAACGUAAUGUUAGUCAUACGUCUACGGGAUUAAACACUAGAAAUUUUUAUUCAAGUUUGGAUUUCAUGACAGUUAAAUGGGCAGCAUCUCUUAGUCAACAAGACAAAUUGCUUGUAUUUUUCAUCGUUUUUUCCGCAACAAUUCUUGUAUUAGGACAUAUUGUUGGUAUUUUAAUUAACAAACCAUCAUAUAUAGUUCCAUACUUUUUAAUCAAAGUAUUUAAUGUUAUUGUUUCAAUUUUAUCAAUGCUUGGUUUUUAUGCGUAUAUGUCCGAUAUUAAAGCUUGGCUUCGAAUGCAACCAGAAUUUCCAUUUAAAGAAAAUUUAAUGCAACUUGAUGCUCAAACACUUCAACUUGUUGUAUUUGCUUUUCUUCUUUUUAUUAUUUUGGCUAAACUUUAUAUCGCUGCUGUCAUAUGGUACUGUUAUAGUUACAUAACAGCAUUGACAAUGGCUCGAACUAUUGGAACAAUUACAACUCAUAACGAUGAUUCACAAACAAUCAUGGGAGACAUGUAUUCACCACCAAAAUACGAAGAGGCUAUUAAAUCAAAUUAUGAUGAAGACGAUAGUUAUUCACCGCCUCCUUACACUCCCUUACUUCAGUCAUCAACGUAA